AUGGCUCAACGAUUAGAAGAUGAUUUUGAGCUCCAAGACAGCUCCAGAGAACGGGACAAGAGUCUUGAUAGUGUUGAUGAAGCAACAACAACAAAUACCUAUGAAAAAACUAUCGGAGAGAAAUUCCUCUCCAAAUUUAAAUGGCUCAACCAUGUCGGAGCCCUUGUUAUUCUUAUAAUUAUUUUGUUGAUAUUGGGAGGUUUAUGCGCUUUUGCUGGAGUGCUGUUUUCUCAAGAGCUAGGCUGUGGAGAAGUUUCCGAAUACUUGAACAAAUAUGAAACGGUAGCACUGGAACAAACUUCAAACUUUAACCAAAUUACAUCUGAAUAUGAUAAAGUGAUUACUCAACUCAAGAAGGCUGCAGACAUUAUGGGUGAGAUUUACAGAGAACAAAUGUACUCUGAAAACGCACAUUUGAGAGCUGAAAUUCUCCCCACUGCUUGCCAUGGUAAACCAUUAGCUUUGUUCGAUCUCAAUUUUGGGCCUUGGAUCAGAAUUAACGACGACAAGAAUUUUAUCGAAGCUCCAUAUGAAUUUCUUGCUGAAGUACCCAAGGAAGAAAUCCCUGAGAGAAAACUUCCAGGUGCUGGAUAUUAUCCUCACAAUGUCAGCAAGAUUGAAAUGCAUGAAUGGAUCCGUACUUUGAGUGCUACUGAGAAAAAAGAUGCUCUGAGUUACUACACAGUUAUUAAGAAGCAAAACGAAAAACUUGUCUCAGUACCAUACAGUGACCAGUACAAGGCAAAACUAACAAAGGCAAGCAACUACUUGAUGGAGGCUUCAAAGCUGUUAACUGCCAAGGAUGCUGCAUUGAAGACUUUCCUUGUAUCACGAGCACAAGCUUUCCUUUCAAACAAAUAUGAAGAUAGCGACCUGGCUUGGAUGAAUGUCACCGACGCCAAUUCAAUGUUGGAAGUCACUAUUGGUCCAUAUGAAACUUAUGAUGAUGAAUUGCUAGGUUUAAAGACAGCUUUCGAAGCCUAUAUUGGUUAUCGUGACACAGAGUACACUCAACUUGUCAGUGCAAUUUUGGAUAAUUUGCAAAAGUUGGAAGAUAACUUGCCAAUGAGAAAUGCUUAUCCUCACAGAGAUGUCGGUGCUCUUAACUCUAUCCGAGUCAUUAAUCAAAUUUAUGUCGGAGGACAAGCCAACGGUGCCAUUAAAUCCGUUGCUUACAACUUGCCAACCAAUGACGACAUUGUUCAACAAUACGGUUCCAAGAGAGUCGUUCUUAAGAACGUACAAAAGGCAAAGUUUAACUCUAUCCUUUCUCCAAUUGCCAAGCGUGUUGUUGCUCCAUCACAAACAAGUUAUGUUGUUUUCAAGGCAUUCUUCACACAAGUACUUUCACACGAAAUUAUGCACGGAUUAGGUCCACACAAAGUUGUGUCAACCGGUCAACCGCUCCAUGAAGCUUUCGGUGCACACUAUGCACCAUUGGAAGAACUUAAGGCAGACAUUGGUGGAUUGUGGCUGUUGAGUACUUUGCUUAACAAUAAUACCAUUUCCUUAGAUUUUGGCUUGAACGCAACUGAUUCCACUGCUCCAGCUAAUGUUCUUGCCAAGAGAGCUCUCUACACUUCCUAUUUGGCAAGUGUGUUCAGAAGUGUUAGAUAUGGUGUUGAGGCAUCUCCUCAAGCAAAGGCUAAUGCUGCUGCCUUUAACUUUUUGAGAACUAGAGGCGCUAUUGUUACAGAAAAAGUGGAGGACCAUACUUAUUAUACUGUUGACACUGCUGUUUUUGAACAUUCUGUUCAUGAUUUGCUUGAUGAAAUUUUGGAAAUUAUGAUUGAUGGUGAUACUGAUGAUGCUGAAACCUUCUGGAACGCCUAUGGAAAAAUCUCUUCAGAAAUGACUGCAGUCCUCAAGAUCUUUGACGAGUUGGCAGAAACUGAUUCUAAAAUACCAGUUGAUCUUAUCUUUAACCAAAAAUCUGCAACUAUUGCAGCAGAGGAAUCCACACCCACCACACGGUCAAAAUUUGAAUAUGGUCCAAGAUCUUUCAUCCGUUCCUUCAAUUUCUAA